UGCUUCCACCAAUGCGUACCCACAACAAACAUCAAACCAGUGACUUUAUGACAUUAAGUGGUGCAUUUUUGGGUGUCGUUACAGAUUCUAACACGUUAAUGAGGAUAAUUCCACCAUAUCGAUGGAUAAAAGUGGCUGGUCUUUAGUAAAUGAAGCUGAAUAUUGGACUAAGGAGGACACUGUUAGCAUCCGGUAGCUAAAGCUAAGUGGAAGUUUUCGGGCUGGUGUGGAAGAACUUCACGACCCGGUGAAUUCUGACUGAAAAAAAGCAUCAUAUGAGAGACUGGACGGCUUUUAAAAACAACAAGUAACAGGACGGCGUGUGUGAUGUAGUCAUCUGACUGGACUCUUUGCCUUUCUGUCUGUCCACUGAGGAGUGAUGGAUGACGACAUCCCGACCCUCAAGCCCAGACGGAUCCAGAAUCAAAACGUUGUUCAUCGCUUAGAAAGGAGGAGGAUCUGCUCGGGACGGCCAGGGGCUCACUGGUACCGAGUGCGCUGCUUCCACCAGAACCUGUUCCCCAACUUCACCGUGGUAAAUGUGGAGAAACCCCCGUGUUUCCUGAGGAAGUUCUCACCAGAUGGACGCUGCUUCAUCGCCUUCUCCUCAGACCAGACGUCUCUGGAGAUUUAUGAAUACCAAGGCUGCCAGGCGGCUCAGGAUCUGCUCCGAGGCCAGGAGGGGGAGACUCUGCUGACGGCCAACGACCAGCGCUCCCUCAACAUCCGAGGACGCCUGUUCGAGCGCUUCUUCUCGCUGCUCCACGUCACCAAUGUGGCCUCUAACGGCGAACACCUCAACCGCGAGUGUAGCCUCUUCACCGACGACUGCCGCUACGUCAUCGUGGGCUCGGCGGUGUACGUUCCAGAGGAGCCGCCGCCGUACUUCUUUGAGGUGUAUCGCAACAAUGAAUCGGUGACCCCUAACCCUCGUUCUCCUCUGGAGGACUACUCCCUCCACAUCAUCGACCUCCACACCGGCAGACUGUGCGACACCAGGUCCUUUAAGUGUGAUAAGAUUAUUCUGUCCCACAACCAGGGCCUCUACCUCUACAGGAACAUCCUGGCUGUGCUGUCGGUCCAACAGCAGACCAUACAUGUCCCUUUCAGACAUGUGACUCCAGAGGGGACGUUCCUGGACGUACGGACCAUUGGACGCUUCUGUUACGAGGACGACCUGCUGACUCUUUCAGCCGUUUACACCGAGGCCCAGGCCGAGAGUCAGCCGGGUUUCCCUCGUCUCUACACCGACAAAACCAUCAACUCCCUAAAGCAUCGGCUGCUGGUCUACCUGUGGAGGAGGGCGGAGCAGGACGGCAGCCCCACCGCCAAGAGGAGAUUUUUCCAGUUUUUCGAUCAGCUGAGGAGGCUGAGAAUGUGGAAGAUGCAGCUGUUGGACGAGCAUCACCUCUUUAUUAAAUACACCAGCGAAGACGUGGUCACACUGCGAGUCACCGACCCCUCACAGCCGUCGUUCUUCGUGGUGUACAACAUGGUGUCUACAGAGGUGCUGGCCGUCUUUGAGAACACCUCCGACCAGCUGCUGGAGCUUUUUGAGAAUUUCUGUGACCUCUUUAGAAACGCCACCCUGCACAGCCAGGCCGUCCAGUUCCCCUGUUCAGCUUCAUCCAACAACUAUGCCCGGCAGGUCCAGAGGAGGUUCAAAGACACCAUUGUCAAUGCCAAAUACGGCGGUCACACCGAGGCGGUGCGCCGGCUGCUGGGUCAGCUGCCCAUCAGCGCCCAGUCCUACAGCAGCAGCCCCUACCUGGACCUGUCCUUAUUCAGCUACGAUGACAAGUGGGUGUCAGUGAUGGAGAGGCCCAAGACGUGUGGAGACCACCCCAUCAGGUUUUAUGCUCGUGACUCGGGGCUGCUGAAGUUUAAGAUCCAGGCGGGUCUACUGGGUCGACCCGUCAACCACGCCGUCCGCCGCCUGGUGGCCUUCACCUUCCACCCCUUCGAACCCUUCGCCAUCUCUGUCCAACGCACCAACGCUGAAUAUGUGGUCAACUUCCACAUGAGACACGCUGGACCACCGCUGCAGAUCUUAAUGACACUGGGGACUUAAAUAAACCUUGGAUGAUGUGAGAAUAAGUUUUGCGGCGCGUACAGGAAGCGAUCAGACUGCGAGUGCGACAGUAAUGUUCAAUCUCACCGUUUCCUGCCCAGUAAUAAUGUUGCUAUUCCUCUGUGGCGUCCAUCUGUGCUUCAGGUUCCUGCUCCAGACAUCUGCUUCAGCUCAUAUGUGCGAUUUAAAAUAUGAAACGCAUGCUGUAAACAAUCUAAGAAAUAGCAAAUGAUUAACCCCCCCCCCAACCCAAAUGCAAACUAGAGAUGUAA